AUGUCGACACCGCUGGUAGGGGGCGACCUUCUCUCCAACAUCCCAGAGAUCACCGCAACGGCAUCCUACCAGGGGGUGCAGCAGAAUGUGCGGGUGAAUGCGACAGGGAUGUACAUACAGGACCUGUUCCUUUCAGCAGACGAUGUGUCGGGGAUACAGGAGGGCCAGUCGUCUACCAUUCAUGUGCAUGCUUACCCCUACAAGACGGCAGGAUGUAGCGGAUCAAGACAGCGGAACUACAGGCGACACGACCUCUUCUUCUCGGAUCGAAACCAGCAUUACCUCAACAUCAUGCACAACUGGAAGACUAUCUGGAGCAGGAGGGACGGCAUGCGGUACAUGGUCCUCGUCAACCCCUUCGGCGGACAGAAGAAGGGAGGAGAGAUCUUCAACGAGGUGGUCAAGCCCUUGCUGUUGCAGAGCACUUCUCGCUUCGAGGCCGUCUUCACCACCCAUGCAGGGCAUGCGAGGGAGGUAGCGGCAGCGCUUGUCCUUGCCGACUACGAUGGCAUCAUCCUCGUCGGCGGGGACGGCCUCGUCUCCGAGAUGGUUCAGGGGUUGCUUGCCCGCCCGGACUCCAACCAGGCAGCCCGGGUACCCAUCGGGGUCGUACCAGCAGGAACCGGCAACGGGCUGGUCAAGUCACUUCUCAGCACCGCCGGGGACCAUCACGACCCUCUCUCGGCCAUGCUCGCGAUCCUGAGAUGCAGGCCGAGUCCGCUCGAUGUUGGUCUAGUCAUCCAGGACGGCAUCGUCAAGUACAGGAGUGUCCUAUCAUGGGCAUGGGGCCUUGUCAGCGAUAGCGACAUAGAGGCAGACGCCCUCCGAUGCUGCUGCGGUCCCAUCCGAGCGACGUUACAAGGUGUUGUCAACAUCUUUCGCCGCCGCGUGUACAACGGAACUCUCAAGCUCAGGCUCGCACCGUCCGACGUCAACUCCUCCUCUCAAGAGUGGGUCACGAUAUCCGAUCGCUUCCUCCUCAUCUGGGCUAUGAACGUGCCGUAUGCUGCUUCCGACUUGCAGGUAGCACCCAAGGCAAGUCAGAACGACGGAAGUUUUGACGUUGUAGUCAUAAGAAGCCGCGUGUCUCGUCUACAGAUGAUUCAGAUCUUCCUCGAGGUUGAAAGCGGCAAGCAUCUCCGGCACGAGUACGUCGAGUACUACAAGGUGCGGGAAAUGCUCUGGGAACCGGCAUGCGACAAAGGCAUCGUGUGCAUAGACGGGGAGCUCGCGGCAGCUUCCGAUCGCUGCCGUUCAGCGCUACCCAGCAUGCACCAAGACAAGCAGCUUGCGAUGAGCUACAGCGCCAUGACGCUGCAAGUGAGCUCAGGGCAGCUUAGUUGUUGGAUGCCCUGA